AUGCAUCUCUAUGUCCCUAAGAUUGCGUUCGUGGGAUCGGGUCUGAUUCCCCUCUCGCCCAUCAUCUUAGCUAAAACCCGCUUGCCAAACACGAUGUUCCACAACUUUGACAUCGACCCUCAAGCCAACGCCCUCGCCUCCCGUCUUAUCUCAGGUGACCCUGACCUCUCCACUCGCAUGAUCUUCCACACCACUGACUUACUCAAAAUGACCAAAGAGGUUUUAAGUGACUACGACGUGGUUUUCGUGGCUGCUCUUGUUGGAUUGGACAAAAAGGCAAAGGUUAAAGCCAUUGAGCACUUAGAGAAGCACAUGGCUCCUGGAUCACUUCUCAUGCUUAGGAGUCGUCAUGGCCUUAGAGCUUUUUUAUAUCACAUCGUUGAUCCUUGUGAUCUGAAAGGCUUCGAGGUCUUGACUAUUUAUCACCCGAUGACCAAUGCAGUUGUCAACUCAGUGGUGGUCGCACGCAAGCUCGGUGGUCAAACCACGACAGUAAUGGAUAGUGAGGUUCGUAGCGGCCAGAUCUGAUGCAACUCUACGAACAGAUCUGAUGCAACUCAGCAACUGUGCCAAUAUAUGUACAAGGUAUAUGACUAAUAAAUAAUCCUGGAAGUGUGUUGUGCCAUAUUUAUUUGUUGUUUUCAUUUAAUGUCUAUGUGUGUGGUGUUUUAUAUUUUACGAUCCGUGAUUAUUGUU